UCGGUCGAGAAAAGUAUCUGUCGGCACGUGAACGUGUCCAACCCCAAAAAGUAAAAAUAAAAAAUAAAAAAAAUCCACCAACCAAAGAUAUUUUCCCAAAGAAACCUCGCCGCCGAGUGGCCCGAGUCUGUUACUCUAUAUCCCGUAACAGAAACAAAAAUCCCCAACGUUUCCCCGUUUCAAUUCGUCCGUUCCUAUCAUUCUCCGUAAUUUAAGUUGUUGCUGUUAUGGCUGGUCAAAGAAAUGAUUAUGGUAAAAGAUCUCAUUUUCAAUCUGAUUAUGUCGGGAACGGUGGAGGAGGAGGCGGCGGCGGCGGAGGAGGAGGAGGAGGUGGUGGAGGAGGAGGAGGAGGGAAAAGAAGGAAUGCCGGUGAGGAAAGUGAACAGCAUGGGAUUGGCUCCGAAGAUACAGUUUACCGUUAUUUAUGUCAUGUCAAAAGGAUUGGGAGUAUUAUAGGGAGAGGUGGUGAGAUUGUGAAACAUUUAAGGUCAGAUAGUAAGUCAAACAUUAGGAUUAGUGAAGCUAUGGCGGGUUGCGAGGAGAGGGUUGUUAUGAUUUAUAGUUCCAGUGAGGAGACCAAUCCGUUUGGUGAUGAUGGUGAUGACCUUGUUUCGCCUGCUCAGGAUGCUUUGUUCAGGGUACACGAUAGGGUUGUUGCUGAAGAGUUGCCGGCUGAUGAGGAUUUUGAUGAGCAAACACAAGUGGUUACUGUGAGGAUGCUUGUGGCGUCUGAUCAGAUUGGUUGUGUUAUUGGGAAAGGCGGUCAAGUGAUUCAGAAUAUAAGGAGCGAAACGCAUGCUCAGGUUCGGGUUUUAAGUAAUGAGCAUUUGCCUCCGUGUGCUUUGAGCUCUGAUGAGCUUCUUCAGAUAAUUGGAGAGCCCUCGGCAGUGAGGAAGGCUCUUUAUCAUGUGGCAUCCCGUAUACAUGACAAUCCUUCAAGAUCCCAGCAUCUGCUUCUCUCCUCUCUAUCCCACAUGAAUCAACCUGGCGGGAUGUACAUGAAUGCUCCUGUUAUUGGUUCUUAUGGAAACUACUCCUCUAGAAGAGAUGAUGCUUCUGCAAGGGAAUUUUCUCUUCGAUUGGUAUGCCCAGUUGGAAAUAUUGGAGGUGUGAUUGGAAAAGGUGGUGGUAUUAUCAAACAGAUUAGACAGGAGUCUGGGGCAUCUAUUAAAGUUGAUAGCUCUGGAGCUGAAGGAGAUGACUGCAUUAUAUUCCUAUCAACAAAGGAGUUUUUCGAAGAUCCAUCCCCUACCAUCAAUGCUGCUUUGCGCCUGCAAUCACGAUGCAGUGAAAAAACAGAAAGAGAAUCGGGUGAUUCUGUGAUCACCACCCGUCUACUUGUGCCAAGCUCACAGGUUGGUUGCCUUAUUGGUAAAGGUGGGGCAAUAAUAUCUGAGAUGAGGAAUGCUACUAGGGCUAGUAUUCGCAUACUUUCAAAGGAAAACCUUCCCAAAGUUGCAUAUGAAGAUGAAGAGAUGGUGCAGAUUACUGGAGGUCUUGAUGUUGCUAGCAAUGCCUUUUCACAAGUAAUGUUGCGGUUGAGAGCCAAUAUAUUUGAAAGAGAUGGAGUAGCGGCCGCGUUUUUGCCUGUCCUUCCUUACAUUCCUAUGUCAUUAGACAUGUCAGAUGGUUCCAAAUAUGGGAACAAAGAUGGUCAACCACGUAAUCGUGGAUACUCUUCUUACUCAGGGGGAUAUAGCUCUGGUGAUAUGUUUGCAAGUGACAGUUAUGGAAAUUAUAGUGGUUCACUUAGUGGAGGUGACAUCUAUGGAUCUCAUGGUGGUCGCAAUUCUGGCCGGGGGUUAUCCAAUCAAAACCAAGUUUCGAAUAGGAAGCAUGGAUAUUAGUCCCAGAUUCUAGAUUCUGCAGUGAGGAAGAUAUGCAGAAUGAUAUCUUAAACCCUGCCAACCAUCCUCUGCCAAAGAUUCUAAUGCACCUUCCCCGCUUGUUGCCUUUUCUCCCCUAUCUAAUUAGUUGUCAUCAACAAAUGUAGAAGACAGACCUUUUCCCCUUUCGAUGAAGCCAGCCUAGAUCAGAAGACCAGACAAGUUGGGUUUGAGAAACUUAUGCUCCACUUUGGCCAUCCCUUGCGCUUGUCCUGGGUGACCAAGAUCAUUUGAUGAUGCAAAUCACCAUUUAAUCUUUUACAGCCUGGAAUUCAUGAUUUUCAGUCUCUGUAUCGUGUUCAAAUAAUUUGCUUUCCCUGUAAACCCUUACAUUCGAAGCCUUGAGUUGUGGCACUUUGGCUCGUGAAUUGAUUUUUAUGUUUUAUAGUGGAAUUAAGGUAACAUCUGCUUGCUUAGGCUUUUUCAUGUAUUCAUAUAGUUUGAGAGCUGCAUCAAGAGGAAAGUUUAGUUUGCCUUAAUCCUCAGUGUAAUGUAAAUGUAGCAUUACCUAUUCUGGUUUCUUGAUAACUUUUACAUGUAGCUCAAAUGGCUGGUGUAUUUUUCUUCUCUUGAAGAAGAGAGGCCAUGUGUCCUUUGAAUGAAUUGCUUUAAAAAAUUAUUUCUUAGUUGCAUGAUCUGA